AUGGCCCAUGCCAAACUGAAGCCCGACAUCAUCAGCUACAGUGCCACGAUCAGCUCUUUGGAGAAGAAGGGCGCUCAGUGGAAUCUGGCGCUGGGACUGUUCUCCUCGAUGCUGGAAAGUCAGGUCGAUGUGGACGUCAUCAGCUACAACGCCACGAUCAGCUCCUGUGAGAAGGGCGGUCAGUGGCAGAUGGCCUGGUAUCUUUUUGAUUCCAUGCCUUCGGCAAAGCUGCUGCCAGACAUCAUCAGCUACAACGCUGUCCUCAGCUCCAUCCAUAAAGGAAAUGCCUGGCCGCUGGCGCUGAGCACCUUCGAGUCAAUGCGUGAUUCCCAGCUGGUGCCCAAUGGGAUCAGCUACAACGCCACCAUCAGCUGCUGCGAGAAGGGCGGAAAGUGGCAGUUGGCACUAUACUUCUUUGAGUCCAUGCAGAAUGCCCGUCUUGAUCAGAGCAUUAUCAGCUACAAUGCCACUAUUAGCGCACUCGGCAAGGGUGGACAGCAAGAGCUCGCGGUGCGCUUGUUCGAGGAGAUGCCUCGCGCCGGAUUGUCGCCCGAUAUCAUUAGCUUCAAUGCUGCCAUCAACAGCUGCGAGAUGGAAGGGCGCUGGCAGACCGCUUUGCACCUUUUCGCCCUCGCACGGGUCUCGAAUGUGAUGCACGAUGUGAUCACAUACGCUUCCAUCAUGAACUCCUGCACGCGAGGGGGUCAGUGGGACUUGUCUCUGCAUUUCUUCACCGACUUGCACAAAGCGGAGCUUGUGCCAGAUGUCACAUGCCUUGAUGCAGCUGUCAGAGCCAGCUGUUGGGGUCGCCACUGGGAGCUGGCACUGCAGAUCUUCGACUCCAUUUCAGCGGCUUCUAUGUCCCCAAGCGCACUGAGCUACAGCACGGUGAUGAGCUCGGUUGCAAACCAAUGGCAAUGGGCCCUCCGCCUUCUCUUCGCGAUGCCCGAAGUGCUGCUGAUUCCCAAUGAGAUCCACUUUGAAGCGGCGAUUGCCGCCUGCGAGAAGGGCGCCCAGUGGCUGCCAGCUUUGCACCUCUUGGACACCAUGCCACGGGCGAAGCUGACGCCUAGCACGAUGAGCUACGUUGCCACGAUCAGCAGCUGUCGGCAAGCUGGCAGGUGGCGGAUGGCCUCGGAACUGUUUCGAACUCUUGCGCGGAGCCAAGCUCGCGGUCGCCCGAUACCUCCG